GAAAUCCUGCGCCGCGACGCGCAAAAGGAGGGGAAAAAGCGUCAUCCGGCGCGACCCCAGAUCCAAGCCGAGGCGAGGGACUACUCCGCCCUGUCGUCGCCGCCCCUCCUCCCCCGGUCGUGGCGUCGUCUUACCCCGGCAGCCCGCACCUCUCACCGCUCCCCCCCCCCCCCCCCCCGGGCGAACCAGCGAGUUUUUCACCAUUCAGCCCCCGUGCCCGUUGACGUUUCCUGCAGCUCCCAAUUCGAAACCCUGCCUCCCCGUCCUCCCUUCCUUGCCCAAGCGGCAACGACCCCGCCCUUUAUAACCGAACGGCCCCUCCCGCGCGAGGCAACCGAGGGGAGCAGACCCAGGCGAACCGAGCCGAACGGGCGCCGAAGCGUGGUGGGGAGGGGGAGAUGGAGCCGGAGAAGAAGCCGCCGGCGGUGUCCGACGUGGGCGCCUGGGCGAUGAACGUCGUCAGCUCCGUCGGCAUCAUCAUGGCCAACAAGCAGCUCAUGUCAUCUUCCGGCUACGCCUUCGCCUUCGCCACCACGCUGACCGGGUUCCACUUCACGGUCACGGCGCUCGUCGGGUGGAUCUCCAAUGCCACCGGCUACUCCGUCUCUAAGCACGUCCCGCUCUGGGAGCUCGUCUGGUUCUCGCUCGUCGCCAACACCUCCAUCACCGGGAUGAACCUCAGCCUCAUGCUCAACUCGGUCGGCUUCUACCAGAUCUCCAAAUUGAGCAUGAUUCCGGUGGUCUGCUUCAUGGAAUGGGUGCUGAACAGCAAGCACUACACCACCAAGGUCAUAUCGGCAGUGGUGGUCGUGGCGGCGGGUGUCGGGAUUUGCACGGUCACGGAUGUGGAGGUCAAUGCCAAGGGAUUCAUCUGCGCCUGCGUGGCUGUGUUCUGCACUUCGCUUCAACAGAUCACAAUUGGCUCCUUUCAGAAGAAGUACAACAUUGGGUCAUUUGAGCUGCUGAGCAAAACCGCACCAAUACAGGCAGUUUCACUUAUUAUUCUGGGUCCCUUUGUGGAUUACUACCUUAAUGGACGAUCAUUGUUGAACUACAAUUUUUCAGGAGGGGCAACUUUCUUCAUACUGCUUUCAUGCUCCCUGGCCGUCUUCUGCAACAUGAGCCAGUACCUCUGCAUCGGCCGGUUCUCGGCGACCUCGUUCCAGGUUCUGGGCCACAUGAAGACCGUGUGUGUGCUGAUCCUCGGCUGGAUCCUGUUCGACUCGGCCCUCACCGUGAAGAACAUCCUCGGGAUGCUGCUCGCCGUGAUGGGCAUGGUGGUCUACAGCUGGGCCGUGGAGUCCGAGAAGAAGGCGGCCACCGCGAUCCCGCGGAACAAGAGCGACAUGCUGGACGGCGAGGACGUGCCCCUGAAGGCCAGGGUGAGCGGCCUCCCCCUGGUCGACCUCGAGGAAGGCGAGCUGAAGAGCUAGCUGCCGAUGCAGAUGCUGAUUCAUUCAUUCUUCCGGUUUUUUUUUUGUUGUAAUUGUACGUGCUUGCUCGAUCCACACUGCUUGUUCGGGGAGUCGCUGAAGCUAUCGACGCUUGUCAAUUCUGCCACUUUGUUGGUGUGGGAGUCCCAGGUCCGUAGGUGAUGGGGUGCCCCGGUUCCGACGUAGAUGGCAGUUUAUCAGUAGAGAUUUGUCACGGCGGACAGGUGGAGGUGAAGGCAUAUGUCAGCGUCGUGAUGGCGUGUUGACGGCUUGUAUAAUGGAAUACAGGUGUGUCUCCGUGGUAGGAUGGCCAGGAUCCAGCCGGCGCUGCAUUUCUUUUUUGAGGCUUCGCUAUCGGGUUUAUUUUUGAUAGGUUCGCUAUCGGGUUUUGGAUGCUGGACUUUGUGAUU